AUGAUGAACUACACAGAGGUGGAGAUGAAGGUUCGCGAAGCAACGAACGAUGAAAUAUGCUGUCCGCAUGGGAGACUUUUGCAAAAGCUCGCAGACUAUACUUAUAAUCAUGAAACAUAUCUUGAAGUAAUGUCAACUUUAUGGAAAAGAAUGCAUUCAGAUGGAGAGUGCUCCUGGAGGAGAGUUUAUAAGUCUCUCAUUGUCCUCGCUUUCCUAUUGAAAAAUGGUUCAGAUUAUGUAGCACAGGGAGCCCGAGAUCAUAUCUAUGACAUCCGUACGCUUGAAUCUUUCCGUUAUUUUGAUGAACAUGGAAGGGACCAGGGUGUGAAUGUCCGCAUAAAAGUCCAAGAGGUAAUCGACCUUUUACAGGAUCCGGAGAAGUUGCAGCAAGAGCGUCAAAAAGCCAAAGCCAGCCGACAUCUUUAUACAGGCUAUGGAAACACCAGUGAGUCAGAUUGGGGUUAUGCUUCACAUGGUGGUGGGGAUUAUUAUCGACGAUCUGAUCCACUUGAUGCUUAUGACAAAGAAGUGUAUACAUCGAAAAACUUUACUUUUCAAUCACGUACAGCAUCUAAAACUGUUAUAUCUCAAAUGGAAUCAGAUUUACCUCCGCCUAAGUUGGGUAGUUUUGAUGACUGGCAUGUGGGUAAAGAACGUGGUUUAGUCGAUGAUGUUUUAGAACAAUUCAAAGAAGCUUGGGAUUUGGCAAAGGAGUCUACUAAAGAUUUAAUUUUCACCAAAAAGUCUCCAGAUCUCAGAACAAAUGAAUCUAAUCCACGUAUGGUAUCUGAAGAGGUCUAUGAAUUCCCACCAGAUGCUUGUGAAUCAAGUGGUACAUAUGAACUUAGAACACGCUCAUCAUUACACAGUGAUUACCCUUCUACACAGAAUAAAUUUUCAUCAAUAAAUUCCUUAAAAUCUACUAAUAUUUCUCAUCGUAAUAUUAAUGUAAAUAGCAAUGCUCAUGCAACAUCACAAUCCAGUGAUAAUCUAUGGAUAAUACAAAACAAAUUGUUACACAACCUAAACACGAAGGCUCCGAUAAGAAUGAUUCAAAGCCAAGACCACCAUCUUGUGAUUUGA